UAGAAACUAUCAGACUGUUGUCGCGAGCGAGAGAGGACGGUCGAAUCGUCGUCGGUGUCGGAUUCACAGUGAUUAUACUUUAAAUUAUGUGUCUUAACUGGCGUAUACGUACUUUUAGUGACUGAAAUGUGUUAUUAUUCGUUGUAAAGCAUCUUUUUAUACAGUUAUCCAUGGUUUUGAAGCGUUUAUAGCAUGAGUUAGGGGCGUAACCUUGUUUGGUGUUUUCUAACCUCUCUUUUCUGCCCAAACUGGGAAGAAACUCGGCGCAAUGGCCAAAUUCAAAUCUGUGUGUACCGUCUCGUUUCUCCUGGUUUAUUUUACGUGUAUUUUAAAUAUGUGUGGUGCUAACUUGAAUCUAUACCUCAACCAAAUUGAAGUACGAAGAUUAUUAGGCCUGCAAGCGGAACUGUUCUACGUGCGUGACGGCGUGAUCAACGAAUACGCCCUCAACUUCGUGGUACCCGUGCCCGCCCAUCUCAGCGGUCUUCACUUCACCUGGCAGAGCUUGGCUGGCCGACCUUUGCCGUACUCGAUAUCGACAACUGUGUCUAACCCCGAGGCCCUGGCGGCGCCAAUACUCAACGUCAGUGACCACGGCACUGUACCCACGCACACGCAGACGUUCGCUGUGGAGUUGCCGUGUACGGGUACCGUGGCCGCAGAGGUGGACGUCCUCAUUUCCAUCAACGUCACCCUCAACCGCGCCACCAACAAUGUCACCCGCCUCAACUUCAAGAGGAUCAAGAUCUGCCUGAGGGGGCCUCCCACACACGUAUCCUCGCAGAGUGAGAGCGAAGUUGUUGUGGGUCGCACAGAAACUGAGGCAUCCUCCGCACUCUACGUCGCAGUCAGCUGUGCUUGUGCACUGGUCACAGUGUUUGCCAUUGCGUUACUAGCAUGCUAUCUGCGCAACAACAAGAGCAGGAGACACGGGGACAUGCUUCAAGAGUCUCGUAAUGGAAGCAACUGCAGUGCACAGGGUCUAGCGCCUGCGCCUGUGGUGAUGUCAGGAUCUCUCACCUCUCGCAGACCGAGCUACACCAGGCUAGACCAUUGCGACCGAGCCAAUGAUCUCCAGCACAGGAUAGCUCAGCUGACCAUCCAGAGGUGCCGAGUAAGGUUACGCAGCGUGCUGCUGGAAGGCACGUUUGGUCGUGUGUACCGAGGCACCUACACUGAGGAGGAGGGAGGAGAGGAGGAGGUCCUAGUCAAAACUGUCACAGACCAUGCGUCCAGCAUGCAGAUCUCACUGUUACUGCAGGAGGGCAUGACCAUGUACAGUCUCAGCCAUAAGAACAUCCUAUCUGUGCUGGGAGUGUCCAUCGAGGACCACACAGCACCCUUCCUCAUCUACCCCCACCAGGGGUACACCAAUCUCAAAAGGUUCCUACAGAAGUGUAAGCUGUGCCCAGAAGGUGUGGCCCACACUCUAACAACACAGGAGGUUGUGGAUAUGGCUCUGCAAGUCAUUACAGGGAUGCAGUACCUGCACAAGAAACGUCUUCUGCACAAAGACUUGGCAACCAGAAACUGUGUUGUGGAUGACAAGUUGAGAGUGCAGAUCACAGACAACGCUCUGUCCCGGGACCUGUUCCCAGCCGACUACCACUGUCUCGGAGACAACGAGAACAGACCUGUUAAGUGGCUCUCCAUCGAGAGUCUCACCCAGAAGACGUUCUCCACCGCUUCAGAUGUGUGGGCGUUUGGAGUGUUACUAUGGGAACUAACGACGUUAGCACAGCAGCCGUAUGUGGAGAUUGAUCCGUUCGAGAUAGCAGCCUACCUGCGAGACGGCUACCGACUGGCACAACCUGUCAACUGCCCUGACGAAUUGUUUGCAGUGAUGGCGUACUGUUGGGCAAUGAGUGCAGACGAGCGGCCGACGUUCUCACAACUACUCGUUUGCUUACAAGAGUUCUACGCUCAGCUUACUCGCUACGUCUAGACCUAGCACUUGCUAUCUCUUCCUCCUCCUGUACUUAUCGUCAUCACUUCCUUUACAUUUAGACGUAACUUAUACCAUAAGCUAGUUAUCGUCGUACAUAAAUUAAAUCUGAUAAAGCUACCCGAUUACAUUGAAAGCUAAAUACGUAUUUUGAGGCCUUUAUUUAUUUCUUUGACUUCAUAUUGUAUUGUAUCACUAGCAUGCUUUCGUAAAACAGUUGCUCAAUUUUGUCAUUACGUACGAAAGGAUUCUGUUAGCAAACGUACAAGUGGAUACCCGCCUCGUCCUAGUGUUUGGCUUCAAACUACUUGUCAAAUCUUUUAAUAAGUAAUGUGAUAUUAUUUUUAGGAUAUGAACUUUGUACAAAACAACAUUUGUAUGAUAAAUGUUUUCUAAGUGGCUUUUUUGAUAUAUGAUUUUACUGUCAAAUACCAACAUAUUUAUUUGACAGAGGUAGAAUUUUAUAAAUUAUUAAUAUAUUUAAAAUAAAAACAAAUCAAUUUAUUUGAAUUUUUUGUAUAAAAAAAAUUAAAAUUAGUUAUGCAAAUAAUACUCUUUGUUAGAAAAUGUAUGAUUAUUGUUAUUAUAACUCUUAAUCGUGCAUGUUAUGUAAAUAAAACCUUUAGGUGUUCUUUAUAUAUAGGAAUAAAGACUGGAAUUAGACAGAUUUUAAAUAACUUUUAUCACAAUUUUUGUACUAAUAACAAAGAAAAGUUACAUGUGAAUUACUUUAAAAGAAUAUAGAAAUUAUAAAUUUAUAUAAAACACUCUUAAUGUUGUCAGCUAAUUUUUUUAUUAACGUUGAAUCUGUCUUAUGUCAUAAGUUUUUGGUGAAACAUUUCUUUUUUUGCUUUUUACAAAAUCUUAGCAAAAUCUGUCUUAUUGCUGUGUAAGUAAUGUAAAUAGUGUAAAGUGUAAAACCCAUAAUAAUCGAGGACUAUAGUUGAGUAGCUUUAAUGUAAAUAAAAAAAACUAUCUCAGAUCUCAGAGGAUUUUGGAGCGAACCUCCGGUGGGAUGUACAUAAAACUGUACAAAUAUGUUAGAUUAGACGUACAAAGAUAGUGAUAUAGUGUACUCGUUGAAUGUAACAUACGAUUUUGUAAUUUUUAUAUACAAUUUUGCUAUAUUUUUUAUCUGAUUUAAAUCUGCCAACUGUGUUUGUAAAGAAAUGUUUUAUAAAAGUGACCAAACGAUUGCUAUUUAAUAAUUGUAUACAUAUAAAUAUAGCUGUUAAUAAAGUGACUAUUUUAUAAAAA